CGGGGCGGAGCCUGUCUGCUGGAUGGAGCGUGAGAGUACCGGGACGUGUGGUGGCCGCGUGCCCGCCUUCUUAGUGGCCCUUCAGACCCGGAGCCGAGCCGUGGCGGCGCGGGCUCGGGUGCAAGAGCAGGACCUAAGGCAGUGGGGCCUGACAGGGAUUCAUUUGCGUCCUUAUCAACUGGAGGGGGUCAACUGGCUAGCCGAGUGCUUCCAUUGUCAGAAUGGCUGCAUCCUGGGAGACGAGAUGGGCCUGGGUAAGACCUGCCAGACCAUUGCUCUCUUCAUUUAUUUGGCAGGAAGAUUAAAUGAUGAAGGACCAUUUCUGAUUCUUUGCCCCUUGUCUGUUUUGAGCAACUGGACAGAAGAGAUGGAGAGGUUUGCUCCAGGGCUUUCCUGUGUCACAUAUGCAGGUGACAAAGAGGAGAGAGCCCGGCUACAGCAGGACAUGAAACAAGAGUCUCGUUUUCAUGUGCUGCUAACUACCUAUGAGAUUUGCUUAAGAGAUUCAUCAUUUCUAAAAUCCUUCCCUUGGAGCGUUCUUGUUGUGGAUGAAGCUCACAGGUUGAAAAACCAAAGCUCCUUGCUGCAUAAGACACUUUCAGAGUUCUCAGUAGUCUUCAGUCUCCUGUUGACCGGAACUCCCAUCCAGAACAGCCUCCAAGAGCUCUACUCACUGCUCAGUUUUGUGGAGCCUGAUAUAUUUCCCAAGGAGCAGGUGGGAGAUUUUGUUCAGCAUUACCAGGAUAUCGAGAAAGAGUCUGAAUCAGCAAGUGAGCUACACAAACUCUUGCAGCCGUUUCUGCUGAGGCGGGUGAAAGCCGAGGUCGCCACAGACCUUCCCAAGAAGACAGAGGUAGUGAUCUACCACGGCCUGUCAGCACUGCAGAAAAAGUGCUACAAGGCCGUGCUGAUGAAAGACCUAGAUGCAUUUGAAAAUGAGACAGCAAAGAAAGUGAAACUUCAGAAUGUCUUGUCUCAGCUUCGAAAGUGUGUGGAUCACCCAUAUUUGUUUGAUGGUGUGGAGCCAGAGCCUUUUGAAAUUGGAGAGCACUUGAUUGAGGCCAGUGGGAAACUUCAUCUACUGGAUAAGCUCCUGGCCUUCCUAUAUUCCAGGGGCCAUCGAGUUUUACUUUUCUCCCAGAUGACCCAGAUGUUGGAUAUUCUCCAAGACUACAUGGACUACAGAGGAUACAGCUAUGAGCGUGUGGAUGGUUCUGUGAGAGGAGAAGAGAGACACCUGGCCAUUAAGAACUUUGGACAGCAGCCCGUUUUUAUCUUUCUCCUGAGUACCAGGGCAGGUGGAGUGGGCAUGAACCUAACGGCUGCAGAUACCGUUAUUUUUGUUGACAGUGAUUUCAAUCCUCAGAAUGACUUGCAGGCUGCUGCCAGGGCUCACCGGAUCGGCCAGAACAAGUCUGUUAAAGUUAUUCGGCUGAUUGGCCAAGAUACUGUGGAGGAAAUAGUCUGUAGGAAAGCAGCCUCCAAACUCCAGCUCACCCACACAGUCAUAGAGGGAGGCCACUUUACUAUGGGGGCCCAGAAACCUGCAGCUGAUGCCGACCUCCAGCUGAGUGAGAUUCUCAAAUUUGGUUUGGAUAAACUGCUCUCAUCUGAGGGGAGCACCAUGGAUGAGAUAGACCUGGAGACGAUCCUGGGAGGAACGAGAAACGGCCAGUGGAUCUCUGAUGCCUUGCCUACAGCAAAAGGAGGAAUCCGGGAGUGCGAGGAAGGCAAAAACCAUAUGUACUUAUUUGAAGGUAAAGAUUAUUCCAAGGAACCAAGUAAAGAAGACAGAAAGUCAUUUGAGCAACUGGUAAAGCUUCAGAAAACCCUUUUGGAGAAAACAACUCAAGAGGGUCGAUUACUUCGAAAUAAAGGCAGUGCUCUGCUCCCAGGUCUUGCAGAGGGCUCUGGCAAAAGGAAGCGGAUUCUGAGCCCAGAGGAAGUGGAGGACAGAAGGAAGAGGAGACAAGAGGCGGCAGCCAAGAGAAAGAGACUAAUGGAGGAGAAGAAGAGGAAAAAGGAAGAAGCAGAACACAAAAAAAAGAUGGCCUGGUGGGAGUCCAACAAUUACCAGUCCUUCUGCCUGCCUUCCGAGGAGAGCGAACCGGAAGACCUAGAGGGCCGGGAAGGUGAGAGCUCUGCCCAGCUGGAUUAUGAAGACCCAGAGUCAACUGCCAUCAAGUAUGUUAGCGGUGACGUCACCCACCCCCAAGCUGGGACGGAGGACGCGGUCAUCGUUCACUGUGUAGAUGACUCUGGCCGCUGGGGCAGAGGUGGUUUAUUCACAGCUUUGGAAACAAGAUCCGCUGAGCCAAGAAAAAUAUAUGAGCUAGCUGGGAAAAUGAAAGACUUGACAUUAGGAGCUGUCCUUUUAUUUCCUGUUGAUGAUAAAGAGUCAAGAAACAAAGGGCAAGAUUUGUUGGCCCUGAUUGUGGCUCAGCACCGUGAUCGCUCCAAUGUCCUGUCUGGCAUUGAAAUGGCAGCCCUAGAAGAAGGCCUGAAGAAGAUAUAUUUAGCAGCAAAGAAAAAGAACGCAAGUGUUCAUCUUCCACGCCUUGGACAUGCCACGAAAGGUUUUAACUGGUACGGUACCGAGCGGCUUAUUCGGAAACACCUGGCCACAAAAGGCAUCCCAACCUACAUAUACUACUUUCCUAGAAGCAAGGCUGCUGUUUUUCAUUCCCAGCCCUCUUCUUCCUCAGGACAGCUGGUGCCUUAACAGGGAGCCAGCGUCAGAUCCAGUGUUUAGCAAGCAGUUGGGAAGAUCUUUGUCCAGAGCCACUGAUUUGGAGUAUUUCAAAAAGGAGUCCAGACCUCAUGGAUCCCUGAGAUACUGUGUUCUCUGAUUUCCCAUUUUGUUCUCCAGGAUGUUACUCUGACGUGGUACCUGUAAUACAGGGACACACAACUUAAUCUGGAAAGUUCCCUGGCCGUUUGUCAGGGCUCCAGUUUGCAUAGCUAUUUGCAUAAUAAAUUCUCUGUCUCUGAUCA